UUGACCCGAGAACCCGAUUCAUUCCCUUAUAAAAGAGUAAAUCCCAAUCCUACUGAAACAGAGAGAUAAGAAGGUAUGAAUUCCUUACCAGAGGAUAUAUUGGCAAUUAUAUUCGCCAAAUUACCAAUAAAGAUUUUCACAACUUUCAAACUUGUUUGCAAGCAAUGGGAAUCGAUCGUGGAGUCUCCAUAUUUCCGUGACUUGUUUCUGUCUAUGCACCAAACGUCGCAUUCUUCAUCAUGGUCUCUCUUGUCUUGCUGUUUUGAUAAAGAAGUCAUAGCUAACUACGAAUGCAACACUUGGGGACUCGAACGAUCUCUCGGCUCUUACAUCUCUUCUUUCGUAACCAAGAAGUUUGAGACUUUGAGAAACAAAUACAAAGUAUGGGCUCACAGUACUGAUGUUGGAUUAAUUUUGAUCAGUGAAUUAUUUUUCAACAUGAAGAACCGAUCCUUGUACGUGGCUAAUCCAGUUUCACAAGAAUGCGUAGAAAUCCCUUCUCAUCAUGCUCAUCGUAGUGAAUAUUUCUAUCCCUUGGGAAUUGCCACACGAAGUGAGAAUGGCUUUCUUUUGGAUUACAAAGUUGUUUUGUUUGAUACGCACAAAAGCUUGCUGAUAUAUUCAUCUAAGACAGGCUUGUGGAGUCUCAACACUGUCGAUUUGUCUGUGUCGUGUAUUGAUUUACGAUCUACCAUUUGCUUGCACGGCAGUAUUCACUUGAUCGCCACCACUAGUCACGGUGAAGAUGUUGUCGUAUCCUUCAAUUUAUACGCCACUGGUACGAGUUCUGUUCAAUGCCGUGUGACUUCUUUCCCAGAUUUCGGACAACAUCGGCCGAAUAGAUCUUUCUCAACUUGGCAAGGAUCUAUCAUGUAUAUGAACAUAAUCUCUGUAACUAAAGAUGAUGGAAGUCUAGAGGAUAAGCUAUUUGUAUGGAGGCUAGAGAACGGAGAAUGGCAACUAGUAUUUGAAAUCGCCACUCCUUUUAUUGAAACUCGUGUCGAGUAUUUUCCGUUGGCGAUUAACCCUUUUGAUGCUAAAACAGUCUACUUUUGGAGCAAGAAGCACCGAAGUUUUAUUUCUAUUAACUUGAACAAUGGAAAGUUUGUGCUCGAGAGUAAGUUGGAAGAUAACAUCACCCGAGGAUUAUACCUUCGCUUGGUCGUUCUCCCACAAUGGCUGCAUCGAAUUCCCAACACAGUGAGAAUGGUUUAGACAUAAUUCUUGCAUGACUUCGCAUAAGGUUUUAUUAUUAUUUUCUAGUAUUUUUGGUUGUUCUAAGUAAGAGAGAAGAAUCUGAUUUCAUCACUUUGUUCUCAACAUCAACAUUAAUCAGGAAUUAUGAAUUGAACAAAAGGCCAAUCUGUUUAAGAACACCACAAAAACUGUCAACAAAUCGUGAACAAAUUUGAUUCCAUUAAACAACGGGAAAAUUGGAUAUAAAGAAUAAAUAAUUAAA